AUAUUGAACGACAAGGUUAAUAAAUAAGUUAAGUUAAGUUAAGGAAGUAGUACAAUCUUAAUUAAUAAUAGUUCAUAUAUAUUAUUAAUAUAUAUACAUAGAGUUAUACAUAUAAUCAUUUUUAUUCAAACUUAUUUAACAGUAUAAAAUGGCAUCCUUCAGAUUUUGUGCUGAAUGCAAUAACAUGUUGUACCCCAAAGAAGAUAAAGAUGGACAAAGAUUACUAUAUGCUUGUCGUAAUUGUGGUUAUACUGAAUUAGCUGAAAAUCCUAAAGUUUAUAGACAUGAAUUAAUUACUAAUAUUGGAGAAACUGCAGGUGUAGUACAAGAUAUUGGUAGUGAUCCAACUUUACCUCGUUCAAAUAAAGAAUGUCCUAAAUGUGCUAAUAAAGAUUGUGUAUUCUUUCAAUCUCAACAAAGAAGGAAAGAUACUUCUAUGUUGUUAUUUUAUGUUUGUCUAAACUGUAAAAAUGUAUUCCAAGGGUGAUUCAUUAAUUAAUUAAUUAUUUAUUCAUUGUCAUCGAAGUGAUAUAUCAUAUAUCUAUCCCACUUUUAGUUAAUUAACUACUUGCAUUAAGGUGAUCUUUUCCAUCUCCAUAGAGUAUAAAGCCAUUCAAUUAUUUAUAUUCAUUACCUUCCCAUAUAUCAAAAGGUAAAUCAAUAUGAAUACUGUUGUAUUAUAGUGUAAUUCAUUUCUUCGUUAUCUUUAGGUUCUUUAAAGUUAUUAUAUAAAAGUUAAUAAAUAUCGUCUUUUUACAAAUCUUUUAAGCAAACUUUCAAUAAUAAAAAAAAAUAUUUAUAUUAAUAAGAAU